AUGAAAAGGAACUCAUGUAUCGAGAUGGGAGAAGCUGGGUUAUUGGAGAAAGAAAAGAUUGAAAAAUUCAUGGCGGAUACUUGCAAGUGUAAGUUAGAAGAACAAAGAGAGGCUUGUAGCACUAUCCUCUCAAGAGAUGACUUUUAUGACAGUCGGAACAACUGCCAGGAGUUGUCUUCAGCAGAGCUCGAUCUUGUUAUUCUUGGAGUAAUUCAAAGUUCUUUGCAUUGUGGUUACGUCAGCUUGUCAGGAAGAACAGAAAAACAUUGCGAGCGGAUAAGAAUGGUAUUCUUUUACCACGGUAGAAGGAUUUGUAAAGAAACAUUUUUAUUUUUACAUUCAGCCAGCCGAAAAAGGUUUUGUAGCCUUGUGAAACAUUAUAAGACAAAUGGACUCACAUUGCGAGUUCACGGAAAAAGUAAGCGUUUACCAAAUAGCGCGUCUUCUGUCGAAACUGUGGAGAACGUUGUUAAAUUCAUUAUGAACAUUGCUGAGGAGAAAGCACUUAUCCUCCCUGGACGUGUCCCUGGAUUUAAAAGAGUGGAUGUGAAACUUCUGCCAUCUGUUUUAACAAAAUACAGCUUGUGGAAAACACACGCAGGGAUAUGUGCGAGUCAAUGUCACACCUCUGUCGGCUACUCUAAGUUUUGUGACUUAUGGAAUCAACUUUGCCCGUUUGUUUUGAUCAUGUGCCCGGCUAUGGACCUGUGCUGGACAUGUCAGAAAAAAAAACAAUUUGAUUCAAGAGACGGCGAAUCUUCCGGAGGAACAAAAGGUAGCUGCUGUAAUAGCACAGGAAGAACAUCUUCGACUAUCAGCGGGUGA